AUGGCCGGCUUCCUAGCAACAGCUUUGCUCCUCGCUGCAAAUUUGGCGACUGUCCACGGCAACUACUGUACCUUCUAUUCGGACGACAAAUGCACAAGUCAGGUUGGAAGCGUCAAUUAUGAGGCAGGCAACGAAAACUGCCUAUUCAAUUCUGGUCAUUUCAUCGACUGCGACAUCAAGGGCAUAAACUACGGGAUCGAGCAAUAUCCGCGACACCAAUGCGGCGGCAACCCUAAAGGCUAUUUUGGCUUCGACGGAACCUGCACAGACAUUGCAGCAAUUGCCAGCCGGGAAUAUCAAUACAAGCUCUAUAUCAGCGGCAUUACGACGAGGGCUACUUCUGGCGGUGUCAACAAGACUGAGGGGACCUUGCCGUUUCCAGUCGACGAGCCACCGGAGCCACAAGCCCAGUCUUCGUUGAACUAUGUUGAAGGUUUGACUGCAAAGGAUAAAGCCGCUCUAGAGAAGCGUGCCGACACCUGCGAAGCUAGGAUUGAGUUCUACUACGGUAACGAGUGUAAAGGACCUGCGGCUGUGUUUGAUGAACAGGUGCCAGUCCUCGGACCUAAGGAUUCUAAUUACAUGUCUCCCUGCCACAAUGAUGGCCUGUACGGGAGGUAUGUUACGAAACGAAGCACUUGCGACGUGGUCCUGUGGGAUGGGGACAAUUGCACAGGGAAACCACAAGACCUUUUCACCGAACCACUCGGAUGUAGAGUCGUCCAUGGGGAAGAUUACACGGUGCGUUCGUGGCAAUGGAGAUGUGACGUGGAUGCUUGCAACGAUCAGUUUGGUACGUGA